AUAAUUUUUCUUCUAUGCAAACUAAUGAUAAUGAUAAUGAUGAUUAUUCAUUUGAUAUUAAUAAAUAUCGUUAUUUAGAAAUGCUUACAACAAAAACAUUAAAUCAAACAAUAGAUGAACAAAAAUUAUCACCAAAAUAUCGAAUAAAAUUAAAUAAUCUUGAUCGAUUAGAUGAAAUUUUUUCUAUUCAAUGUGAACAAAAUUCAUCGAGAAUAAUAUCACAAAUAAAUCAUAAUGAUUUAUCUAGAGAAACUACACCAACACAAAGACGUAUGUCAAUUGAAACAUCAACAUCAACAAAUAUGACAGAUGAAUAUGAUAAUCUUUCAAAAGAUAAUUAUGGUCAUUAUAGUGUAUCCUAUCAAGAUACAUUAAGAAGUUCAUUAAAAAAUCUUGAAAAAUGGAGUUAUCCACUUCAUGCCGGUAAUUAUUUUAUUCCACUUUUUACACCAUAUCGUCAAAGUUCUCUUGUAUUAUAUUGUCUUAAUCGUGAAUCAUUUAUUUGUUAUAAUUCUCAAUCAUUAUUAUCAUUACCAACAAUAAUUAAAUGGCGUGGUACACGUCCAUCAGCUGCUUAUUGGUUUGAUGAAAUGAAUAUGUUAUUUGUUGCUUGUUGUACACAUAUUUAUGGUUGUUAUUUAGAUGAAGAUAUUCAAGAAAAUCAACGAAUUCAAAUUCGUAUACCUAUUGAACAAACAUCAACAUGGUCUGAUACGCAAGGUCAAUUAUGUUGGCCGAAAUUUUUAACAUGUGGUAGUACAAUUAAUCGAUUAUUUUAUGGAUUUUGGACGGAAAUGUUAAAUAAAGAUGCACCACCAUCAACAUCAUUUAUUUAUUAUGAGAUUCAAGGAAAGGAUUAUUUAAUAAAAUCUCGUUUUUCACUUGAUGGUCGUUUACGUGCAUUACAUUCAACAUUAUCAACACAACGUCUUGGAUUAUUAAUUGAACAAUUACCAAGUCAAUGUACUUAUUUAGAAAUUCGUACAUUAGAAGAAUUUUCACUUUUAGCUAAAUUUGAAUUACGUACAAUAUUUGAAAAAUUUCGUUAUGGUUGUUGUUUAACAAAUAUACUUAAUUCAAAUUCAUAUAUAUUAUGUGAUCAUAAACAAAAUCAAUUAUGGUAUGUUAAUGGAGAUACAGGAGAUAUUAAAGUUAAACAUAUAAAUGAAUCUAUUUAUAGUGUUAUAUGUUUAUUAGAUGGUACAUUAGCAAUUUUAUUAGGUUCACCAAUGAGAUUUGAUUUUAUUUAUGAUCCAAAUGAUAGUGGAAUGGUUUUAAAAGAUCUUUUUCGUGAAGAAGAAUCAUUUGAAGUGUAA